CAAAAAAAUAUCGAGCAUUCUUUAUUUUGAAAAACAAAAAAUUCUUUCGACUUUUUUAAUGAAAGUUUUCUAUCUGGAUUAAUAACCAAAAAUGGCUUCAUAUGAUCGACAAAGAUUACGAUUGAAACAAGAACCGAUUGAUGAAUGGUCAACACAGGAAAAACUUGUUUUGGCAUCUGGUGUACAGAAAAUUGGAAAUCAAAAUUGGGGACCUAUAGUACGACAUUUAAAAUCAUUUGCCGAAAAAGAUCGACCAUCCGAUUGGUUUAAUCCAAAAUUCUGUGCACUUCAAUACAAUGAUAUGUUCGAUAAGAUUGAAGCACCAAAACGUAAACGUGGAGAACGUGGUGAAGAAACUACACAAGAUUUAAUUGUAAAAAAAUAUUCUACUGAACGUAUGAAUGAACUGGAACAAGGAAUGAAAGAAAAAUUUAAAGAAAUAAAAAAUUUAAAUAAGAUUUUGGAUAAAUUAAAAUCAUCCGAUUAUGAUCGAAAUUAUUUACAAAAAUUAUCAACCGAUAUUAAAAAAAGAGAACAACAAAAAAAAGAUGAAGAAAAUGAAUAUCAAAAAUGGUUAGCUGAACGUGAAAUGAGAUUAUCACAAAUAUCGAUGAAAUUCCGUUCCGGAUCAACACCAAUUACCAAUCGACAAUCAUCUAUUCGAGGAGGUGAUUCGAUGGCAGCCAAAGAAAAACCACCGACAACACUGAUGGCUGAAAAAACCGUUGAUAUUGAAAAAGAAAAAUUACCGGAAAAUGAAAUUUCGGAAAAUAUAUCAGUGGAAAAUAACAAAACUGAUAAUAUUGAUGAUACUGAACCGAUAGACAAUCAAACAUUAUCGACUUCUAUCGUACAAAAUCAAGCAUCAAUUAUUUCACCAAAAACUGAAAACAAUUCAGAAACUGAAUUGAUUUUGGAACGAAAUAAAAAUGAUGAUAUAAAACCAUCGACAGAAAUUGAUGAAAAAACUAACGAAAAUCAUUCGACGAAAACUACGAAUACAACAACAACCAGCAAAAUCGAAACGACAGUCGAUAUUGAAUCAGAUUCUGCAUCCAGUAAUUAUAAGGAUAAUGUUGAAAAUGAACCGACUAACAUUACUAUCGAAAUGACUAAUGAUGAAUCUUGUGAAACAAAUGAAACAGUUUUUGAUGAUGGAAUUGUUUCAUCAACAGAAUCGAAAACAGAAGACAAUAGUGGUGGUAGAAUUUCAACGACAGAACAGAAAAUUAUUUCUGAAAUUAAACCCGAUCUACAUACUGAUUCAUCAAUGGACAUUGUUGAAAGUCCUGCACCACAUAAUACAAAGGAUAAUGUUGACAAUUCAAUAAAAAUUGAUUCCGAAUUGAUGGAUGAUAAAAAUAUAGUAAAAGUUGAACAACAAAACGAUCAAAGUCAAGAAUCUAUUUCUACACCAAAUAAUGAUAAAAAUAAUAGCCGACAAAGAAAACGUAGAAGACUUAAUACCAGUAAUACGAGUAAUAAUGUUAUUCAAACACGUUCAACCCGUUCGACGGCUCAUCAUUCUGUUGAACAACAACAACAACAAAAUGAAUCAAUCACUGUAAUGAAAAAAGAAGAUGAAACUUUAAAACCAACAACAACAGCAACAAAAAAACGAACUUCUUCCAUCAAUGAAGAAUCAUCGAAUACAUUUGUAAAUUAUAGUGAAGAAUCGAAUGAUUCAAAAAGUGUUAUUUCCGAACCAGCCGGAUCAACUUCAUCUCGAACUGCUAACGAUAAUAAUGAUAGCGAUGCUAAAUGGAAAAAAGCAUCUUCAGCCAUCAUACGAGCCAUACAAAAUCAUCGAUAUGCUCAGUUAGUUUUGAAACCGUUCGAAAAUAAUGAUGAAUAUCGUGAUGCUAUAUAUCAGGAUAUCGAUCUGAAUGCAACUAAAAAACGUAUCGAAUCUGGACAAAUUCGUAAUGAAUCUGAAUUUAAACGUGAUUUAAUGUUAAUGUUUACUAAUGGUAUUAUUUUGAAUACUGAACCAAAUAUAAUCAAAAGCAUAAUGGAAUUUGCUAAAGAAACGAUUGAUCUUUUCGAUACAACUGAAACGACUAAAAUCAAAACACGUGAAAAAUAUCACACAACACUUGAAGUUGAAAAAAAUUCGCGAAGACAAACAAGAGGUUCGGUUAUGAAUGAGAAUGAAAAAUUAUCAAGAUCGGGAAAAAAGAUAUCAUCAUCAACAUCCACAAAUUGACAAUUGAAUUGAAAUGAUCAUAUGUUUAAUUUAAAAUGGACCAAAUUUUAUUUUUUGAAA